CAAAUAUUCGCUUCUCUGAAAGCUGCAAGGCCACUAGCAACACAGCCACUAGCAGCAAGCCUACUGCACCAUGGCCAUUCCUAAUCGGUUUCCAACGCUCAUGCAGCUGGAGAAGCGAGAAGGGACGAUAUUCAAGGUGCUAGGUAACCUCACCAAGCAGCCCUAUUGGUUCCACUCCGAGUACCUGACGAGUCCGAAGGCAAUUCACCUUGAGGCGUGGCUGGUGGAGGCGAUCUUCGGUCGAGGAGGAGAGCACAUACCGCACGUCGAGUGUGUGUCACAGACCCUGCUUCACGUUAAUCAUUGGGACCCCGAGGGCGAGGCCGAGAUCUUGAUAUUUGGUCGGCCUUAUUACCAGAAAGAUGUAUCCAAGAUGAUCAUGAAUUUGGCUGACUAUCAUCGCCAACUCCGGGCACGAAGUUCAGAGAAAUCCACUGCCCAGGAUGUAGCGACCCAACGGUCCCCCGACGCUGUCCCGGAGGCGGUGACCCAGACCUCUCCAAAGUCUGUCGGGGAGGCGGUGACUCAGCCGUCCCACGACACAGCCCCGGAGGCGGCGACUCAGAGCUCUCCAAAGUCUGUCGGGGAGGCGGUGACUCAGCGGUCCCACGACACAGCCCCGGAGGUGGCGACUCAGAGCUCUCCGAAGUCUGUUCGAGAGGCGGCGACUCAGAGCUCUCCAAAGGUUGUCCGCGAGGCCGGGACCCAGCAGGACCCCGAGGCUGUCCGGGAGGCAGCGACCCAAAGCUCUCCGAAGGCUGUCCGGGAGGCGGCGACCCAUCAGGACCCCGACGCUGUCCGGGAGGCAGCGACCCAAAGCUCUCCGAAAGCUGUCCGGGAGGCGGCGACCCAGCAGGACCCCGAGGCUGUCCGAGAGGCCGCGACCCAGCAGGACCCCGACGCUGUCCGGGAGGCGGCGACCCAAAGCUCUCCGAAGGCUGUCCAGGAGGCGGCGACCCAGCAGGACCCCGAGGCUGUCCGAGAGGCCGCGACCCAGCAGGACCCCGACGCUGUCCGGGAGGCGGCGACUCAAAGCUCUCCGAAGGCAGCCCGGGAGGCGGCGACCCAGCGGGACUCCGACGCUGUCCUGGCCAGGUAACCAGGUUAUGAAAGGCCAGAACUCCGGGCCCGGGAGCAGGAGCCAGAUCCUACCGGAGCUCUGUUCGUCUAAGUCGUGCUUCUUGCUGCAGAAGCUGGGAAAAGAAUGGUGUGGAUAGUUCUUGGUCCCUGCCCCCAUGUCAAAUGUUUGCAAACACCGAUCUAAUUCUAAUAAAGAAUUGAAUUUC